GCUGUAGACGGUGGACGUCAAAGCAAUCACUGAUUGAGGAUUAUGCAAAAUCGGAAGUAACUGUCACAAGAUUGAACUGUUUGAGCAAAGAGUAAACAAUUUGGAACUUGAUAUCCCUUAGUUUCGAUUCGGUUGUAACUUAAGAUCCUGCUCUAUCAUUCAUUCCAAUCGAGGAGAAUGGACUCGGACGAGGACCAGAGGAUUCCGUUGAGUGAGAGGCCGGAAUGGUCGGAUGUGAUUCCUGUACCGCAAGACGAAGGACCGAAUCCCGUCGUUCAGAUCGCGUACACGGAAGAUUUUCUGGAAACAAUGAACUACUUCAGGGCUGUUUACUUCGCUGAUGAGCGAUCUCCGCGUGCCCUGCAUCUCACUGCCGAAGCCAUCGACAUGAAUCCUGGAAAUUACACUGUUUGGCAGUUUAGGCGUCGGAUACUGGAGGAGCUCAAUGCAGAUUUAUCAAGUGAACUGUAUUUUGUUGAGCAUGUUGCCGCCUCUAACCCCAAGAAUUAUCAGAUAUGGCAUCACAGGCGAUGGCUUGCGGAGAAACUGGGAAAACAUGCCAUAAACAGGGAGCUUGCCUUCACCAAGAAGAUUUUUGCUGAAGAUGCUAAGAAUUAUCAUGCAUGGUCCCAUAGGCAGUGGGUCCUUCAGACAUUAGGUGGGUGGGAAGAUGAACUUGCUUAUUGCCAGCAGCUUCUUGAAGAUGACAUUUUUAAUAAUUCUGCCUGGAAUCAGAGAUAUUUUGUGAUCACAAAAUCACCUCUUUUGGGAGGAUUAGAGGCCAUGAGGGAAUCAGAAGUAAACUAUACUAUAAAAGCAAUAAUAUCUAACCCGGAAAAUGAAAGUCCAUGGAGAUACCUCACGGGGCUUUACAAGAACGAUGCAAGAUCAUUAGCGAACAACCCUGAUGUGUCUUUGGUAUGUCUGAAGAUUCUGAAUAUGAGUAAUAGUAGUAAUAAUACAAAUCCAAUAUUUGCAUUGAGCACUCUUCUGGAUCUUCUCUGCCACGGAUUCCAACCGAGCCAGGAAUUCAAAGAUGCAGUUGCUGCUUUGAAUUCAGAGUCACCAGAAGUGGAUUCUGAUUUGGGAAACAUGAUUUGUUCGACCUUGGAACGUGUGGAUCAAAUGAGAGCCAGUUACUGGCAGUGGCGCAAAAACAUGCUCCCUUCUGUUAAAAGCUCUUCUACUUAAUGAAUGACUUAUUAUAAUUGCAUUUAGCUGGAUUGUUUUUGUACUCUUCACAUGGUUGUAUGAACAAGAAUAUCAAUUUCAAAUUAUAAAUGUAACAAUUUGCUUCUG